GUUUCUCGUGAGUGUAAGAAGAAGGAAAAAAAGCAUCGUAUUCGUCUUCAUCGUCGCAGGUAUCGCCAAAAGGACCAUUGUUGUGCCGUGUGCCGCCAGUGCUGUACAGCCACAGCCAGCAACUGCGUGCGAUGAAAGUCUUGCUCCGAUGCUCCGAUGCUCCGUAUUCCUCCGUUUUCUGCUCGUCUCCUUCGUAUAUCAGUGUGACCUGGUUGUUCGACGUCUUCUUUCUACUAUCAUCUCUUGUUAUCUCUUAUCUAUCUACCCGUUCCUCUUACAUCACAGCAAUGGUCUUCGGUCCUAGAGUCAACAAGUUCAUACCCUACCUCUCGCUCGGCGUCGCUACUGCCGCCUUCAUAUUCCAGACGACGGUCUUGUAUCCCUGGCACCAUGAACUAGACGAGGCCUUCCACAAGCUGAAAGGCGAGCAGGCGAGGAUGCUUAGAGAUUUUCACGACAUGAAGCUGAAACGCUUUGAUGAGCUGGAGAGGAAGGUCAUUGGUGUCGAGAGACGGCAAGAUGUCGUAGAACAAGCGACGCGACGUCUGUGACCAUUGUUGUACCCAUAGAUGUAGAGUACAUAACCUAUUUAUAAUACUGCACAGAUUACAGCGCGACUCCCGACCCUAAUUGCCUUUGGUCCCAUCCACGAAUGAUU